AUGGAUACCAAAGGAAGACUUGUUGCGGGUUCUCACAACAGAAAUGAGUUUGUUCUUAUCAAUGCUGAUGAGGUUGCCCGAGUGACAUCAGUUGAAGUAUUGAGUGGGCAAAUUUGCCAGAUAUGUGGCGAUGAGAUAGAGAUCACAGUUGAUGGGGAGCCAUUUGUCGCUUGCAACGAAUGUGCCUUCCCUGUGUGCAGACAUUGCUAUGAGUAUGAAAGAAGAGAAGGCAAUCAGACCUGCCCUCAGUGCAAAACGAGAUACAAGCGCAUCAAAGGGAGUGCUAGAGUUGAAGGCGAUGAAGAAGAAGAUGACACUGAUGAUUUGGAGAACGAAUUUGAUAUUGGAGGCAAUGCUCACCAAAUUGCAGUUGCCAUGCUCUCUGCUCGCCUUAGUGUCGGCCGAGGUUCCCAAGUCAAUGGUUCAGCGAUUGCCACACUACUGCCAGAGCAGAUGAUUCUUAUUGUUGUUCUGACAAUUUAUGGUGUGAUAACUGGUGUUGAUUACGCAGUUCAGCCCAGACCUAUGGAUCCCAAUAAAGACUUAGCCGUAUAUGGAUAUGGGACUGUUGCAUGGAAAGAGCGUAUGGAAGAGUGGAAAAAGAAGCAGAAUGAAAAAGUUCUGGUGGUUAAGCACCAAGGAGGAGGUGGUGGCCGUGGAAACAAUGCCGGAGAAGUGUUGGAUGAUCCUGAUUUGCCCAUGAUAGAUGAAGGCAGGCAACCGCUUUCGAGGAAAUUAUCAAUUCCUUCAAGCAAGAUAAAUCCAUACCGAAUGAUAAUUCUUCUCCGAAUUGUGAUUCUUGGCUUCUUUUUCCAGUAUAGAAUUAGCCAUCCAGUCAAUGAUGCAUAUGGAUUGUGGUUAACAUCAGUGAUUUGUGAGAUAUGGUUUGCUGUAUCUUGGAUAUUGGAUCAGUUCCCGAAAUGGUCCCCGAUUGUGCGAGAGACAUACCUUGAUCGAUUGUCCCUGAGGUAUGAGAAAGAAGGGAAGCCAUCUGAACUGGCUAAUAUAGACAUAUUUGUAAGUACUGUAGAUCCGAUGAAAGAACCACCACUUAUCACUGCAAAUACGGUUUUGUCCAUCCUUGCUGUAGACUAUCCGGUCGACAAAGUUACGUGCUAUGUCUCGGAUGAUGGUGCUGCCAUGCUUACUUUUGAAGCCCUCUCUGAGACAUCAGAGUUUGCACGUAAGUGGGUCCCAUUCUGUAAGAGGUUCAACAUUGAGCCACGAGCCCCAGAAUGGUAUUUUUAUCAGAAAGUUGACUAUUUGAAAGACAAAUUGGAUCCAGCAUUUAUAAGAGAACGGCGUGCAAUGAAGAGGGAAUAUGAAGAGUUCAAAGUUCGGAUUAAUGGGUUGGUAACCAUAGCACAAAAGGUUCCUGAGGAGGGGUGGACAAUGCAGGAUGGGACUCCAUGGCCUGGGAACAAUGUCAGGGAUCAUCCUGGAAUGAUCCAGGUUUUCCUUGGUCAAAAGGGUGUUCUUGAUGUAGAAGGAAAUGAACUACCUCGCCUGAUUUAUGUAUCUCGCGAGAAGAGACCAGGAUUUGAUCACCACAAAAAGGCUAGGGCCAUGAAUGCUCUGGUGAGGGUCUCAGCAAUCAUAUCAAAUGCUCCUUACCUCCUGAAUGUCGAUUGUGAUCACUAUAUAAACAACAGUAAGGCACUUCGUGAAGCUAUGUGCUUCCUGAUGGACCCUACAUCCGGAAAGAAAAUCUGUUAUGUACAAUUUCCUCAAAGAUUUGAUGGGCUUGAUCGUCAUGAUAGAUACUCCAAUCGGAACAUUGUAUUCUUUGAUAUCAAUAUGAAAGGAUUAGAUGGGAUCCAAGGACCAAUUUAUGUUGGAACUGGGUGUGUCUUCAGUAGGCUGGCACUCUAUGGAUAUGAUGCCCCGAUCAAGAAGAAACCUCCUGGGAAGACAUGUAAUUGUUGGCCAAAAUGGGGCUGCUUCUGCUGUGGAUCUAGAAAGAAGAACAAGAAAAAGAAGUCCAAUGACAAAAAGCUGUUGAAAAACAGGGAGGCUUCAGGUCAUAUACAUGCACUAGAGAAUAUUGAGGGAAUUGAAGGUAAGAAAAUAGAUAAUGAAAAAUCCUCCCCAAUGCCCCUAAUGAAAUUUGAGAAAAAGUUUGGACAAUCGCCUGUCUUCAUAGCUUCUACACUAAUGGAAGAUGGAGGGGUGCCAAAUGGAGCAAGUUCUGCAUCUCUAUUGAAAGAAGCAAUCCAUGUCAUUAGCUGUGGUUAUGAAGAAAAAACAGAAUGGGGAAAAGAGGUUGGGUGGAUAUAUGGCUCGGUUACUGAGGAUGUACUGACAGGCUUCAAGAUGCACUGCCAUGGUUGGAGAUCAGUGUAUUGCAUGCCAAAAAGGCCCGCUUUUAAGGGUUCAGCUCCUAUAAACCUUUCAGAUCGACUACACCAGGUUCUAAGGUGGGCCCUGGGAUCCGUUGAGAUUUUCUUCAGCCGGCAUUGUCCGAUAUGGUAUGGAUAUGGGUGUGGCUUGAAAGGGUUGGAGCGCCUUUCUUAUAUCAAUUCAGUUGUUUAUCCUUUGACAUCGAUUCCUUUGCUCGCUUAUUGUACCUUGCCGGCUGUCUGCCUCCUUACUGGAAAGUUCAUGGUUCCGGAGAUAAGCAACUAUGCUAGUCUUAUUUUCGUGGCCCUCUUCGUAUCCAUAGCUGCAACUAGUAUCCUUGAGAUGCAGUGGGGAAGGGUCGGCAUAUAUGACUGGUGGAGGAAUGAACAAUUCUGGGUUAUUGGCGGUGUCUCAUCACACCUAUUUGCUCUUUUCCAGUGCUUGCUUAAGGUUUUGGCUGGGGUUGACACAAACCUCACCAUUACAUCUAAAGCUGCAGACGAUGGAGAGUUUUCUGAACUCUACCUCUUCAAGUGGACAUCUUUGUUGAUCCCUCCAAUGUCCUUGCUGAUCAUAAACAUAAUCGGAGUUGCAGUUGGGGUCUCAGAUGCCAUCAAUAAUGGUUAUGAUUCAUGGGGUCCAUUCUUUGGUAAGCUGUUUUUCGCACUAUGGGUCAUUGUCCAUCUUUACCCAUUCCUUAAAGGGUUGAUGGGGAAACAGGAGAGGGUUCCCACCAUUGUUGUGGUCUGGGCAAUCCUCCUAGCAUCAAUCUUCACCCUUUUAUGGGUCCGAAUCAACCCGUUUCUGCCAAAAGGCGGUAUUGUACUAGAAGUUUGUGGUUUGGAAUGUGACUAAGAU